CGAAAAUUCUGUCAAAAUUGAAACGUCAACACCAAGUUGUCGGCCACGUAUUUUGAUGUUUUAAAUGGAAAUUGUGUUUUGCUGGAAAUUCAGUAUUAAAAUCGAUUAACGAAACAGUUCUUCAAAUACAAGAUGCCUCUUCGCCUAGACAUAAAACGCAAACUUACGGCACGGUCUGACCGCGUAAAAUGUGUAGAUUUACACCCCACGGAACCGUGGAUGCUCUGUUCCUUAUACAGUGGCAAUAUAAACGUGUGGAACCACGAAAAUCAACAACUGGUCAAAACUUUCGAGGUAUGUGAUUUGCCAGUCCGUGCAGCAAAAUUCGUACCCCGAAAAAACUGGAUUAUUGCCGGUUCAGAUGAUAUGCAAGUACGAGUUUUCAAUUAUAAUACCCUAGAUCGUGUGCAUGCCUUUGAGGCACACUCCGAUUAUGUUCGUUGCAUAGUGGUUCAUCCAACUCAAUCGUACAUUCUAACAGGGAGUGACGACAUGUUGAUUAAACUAUGGAACUGGGAAAAAGCAUGGGCGUGUCAGCAAGUGUUCGAAGGCCACUCACACUACGUCAUGCAAAUCGCCAUCAACCCCAAAGACAACAACACCUUCGUGAGCGCUUCUCUCGACCGCACUUUGAAAGUGUGGCAAUUGGGGGCCUCCACUGCCAAUUUUACUUUAGAAGGACACGAAAAGGGGGUCAAUUGCGUUGAUUAUUACCACGGAGGCGACAAACCGUACAUAAUUUCAGGCGCUGAUGAUCGCCUUGUCAAGAUUUGGGACUACCAGAAUAAAACGUGUGUACAAACUCUAGAAGGCCAUACUCAAAACAUCAGCUCUGUGUGUUUCCAUCCAGAAUUACCAAUUGUAUUAACCGGAAGCGAAGACGGCACUGUCAAAGUCUGGCAUGCCAAUACACAUCGACUAGAAAGUAGUUUGAAUUAUGGGUUUGAAAGGGCGUGGACGAUUUGUUGCCUCAAGGGCUCAAACAAUGUCGUCAUUGGUUAUGAUGAGGGUAGUAUUUUGGUGAAAGUAGGUCGUGAAGAACCUGCCGUCAGCAUGGAUGCAAGUGGAGGCAAAAUAAUCUGGGCCAGACACUCUGAAUUGCAACAGGCAAACCUGAAAGCGUUACCUGAAGGUGCGGAAAUAAGAGACGGUGAACGUUUACCUGUCGCUAUUAAAGAUAUGGGGGCGUGUGAGAUUUAUCCACAAACUAUACAACAUAAUCCAAAUGGACGAUUUGUGGUGGUUUGUGGAGAUGGGGAAUAUAUUAUUUACACGGCAAUGGCGUUGCGUAAUAAAGCGUUUGGUAGCGCUCAAGAGUUUGUAUGGGCGCAGGAUUCCAGUGAGUAUGCUAUUAGAGAAGCGGGAUCAACGGUGCGGAUUUACAAAAAUUUCAAAGAGAAAAAGAACUUUAAACCAGAUUUUGGAGCUGAAGGAAUUUUUGGGGGGUGGUUGCUUGGGGUUAAGUCAGUUUCAGGACUUACUUUCUAUGAUUGGGAUACUUUAGACCUUGUUCGAAGGAUUGAAAUUCAACCUAGAGCUGUUUAUUGGUCUGACAGUGGUAAAUUAGUUUGUCUAGCCACUGAAGACAGCUAUUAUAUAUUGUCUUAUGACUCUGAUCAAGUCCAGAAAGCAAAAGAAGAAGGAAUAACAGCUGAGGAUGGUGUAGAAGCUGCGUUUGAAGUCCUGGGUGAAGUCAGCGAAACAGUUCGUACUGGACUCUGGGUGGGAGACUGUUUUAUUUACACCAAUGCUGUUAAUAGAAUAAAUUACUUUGUUGGAGGGGAACUUGUUACAAUAGCACACCUAGACAGACCUCUGUACGUCUUGGGUUACGUACCAAGAGACGAUAGGCUAUAUCUUGCUGAUAAAGAACUAGGAGUAGUUAGUUAUCAAUUAUUGUUAUCCGUUCUUGAGUAUCAAACGGCUGUAAUGCGGAGAGACUUCACCACAGCUGAUAGAGUUUUACCUUCAAUUCCUAAAGAACACCGAACUAGAGUGGCCCACUUCCUUGAAAAGCAAGGUUUUAAGAAACAAGCUUUAGCUGUAAGCACUGACCCUGAACAUAGAUUUGAAUUAGCUCUAGCUUUAGAAGACCUAAAUACAGCUCGAACUUUAGCGCAAGAAGCUAAUAAUCCCCAGAAAUGGAGUCAAUUGGGUGAAUUAGCAGCUUCAACAAACAAUUUGCAGUUAGCUAAAGAAUGUAUGCAACGCGCUCAGGAUUACGGUGGCUUGCUCCUGUUAGCUACUAGUUCUGGCGACGAGAAUUUAGUUAAAAGUUUGGGAGAAAACACCCACUUUGAAGGAAAACACAAUUUGGCGUUUUUGUCGUAUUUUCUUUUGGGUGAUUUGGACAAAUGUAUGGAUAUUUUAAUUAGUACUGGACGUUUACCAGAAGCUGCUUUUUUCGCACGUUCCUACUUACCUGAUAAAAUUUCGGAAGUCGUAGCUUUGUGGAAGGCGAAAUUGUCGUCGACGAACGAGAAAGCUGGCCAAAGUCUCGCUGAUCCUAAAGAUUACGAAAAUCUGUUUCCUGGAUUAAAUGAUGCUAUUGCUGCGCAGAAGUUUUAUAACGAUGGAAAAAAGGGUUUGCCGUUGGCCAUUAAUGCAAGGAAAAUUACUCCUAACCACGACCGGAACGUUGUGGAUGAAAUGAAAUCUGCGGUAGGAGCGGGAGCGUUUAAUUUGCCACAGACAAGCCAACAAACUCACAGUGAACAGAAAACACCCGUCGUAUUACAACAAGACGAUGACGACGAUCUUGACUUGGAUUUGGAAGGAGUUAAUAUUGAUGAUAAUAUAGAUACCACUGAUAUCAAUAUUGACGACGAUUUAUUAAGUGAUUAAAAUAUUGAAAUUUGCAAGUCUAAAAUUAAUAUUUAAUCGUUAAUGUUUUUUUAUUGUCGAGUAUUUUAUGUAGGUAAUUAUGUAAUUAAAAUUACAUACAGUU